CGGGAGUGAGGGUAGCAACUUCCGUUUCUGUGUUCACUUAGCUAUCACAUUAGAUGAACCUUCAUUAAAUUAUUUAUUUUAUUGUUCUCGUUAUUUAACGAACAAUUUGAAUAUAUUAUAAAUACUAUUAAUAGGACACUGCAGUGAAACCGCUGGCGCGUGAGAUGAAAUGACAACGUCAACACUGCAGAAAGCGAUUGAGCUGGUCACUAAAGCCACAGAGGAGGACAAGGCCAAGAACUAUGAGGAGGCGCUGAGACUCUACCAGCAUGCUGUGGAGUAUUUCCUGCACGCCAUCAAAUAUGAAGCGCACAGUGACAAGGCGAAGGAAAGCAUCCGUGGGAAGUGUAUGCAGUAUCUGGACAGAGCCGAGAAACUCAAGGACUACUUGAAAAACAAGGACAAACAGGGCAAGAAACCAGUGAAGGAAACACAGAGCAAUGACAAAAGUGACAGUGACAGUGAAGGAGAAAAUCCUGAGACAAAGAAGCUCCAGGAGCAUCUGAUGGGUGCGAUUGUGAUGGAGAAGCCCAAUGUGAGUUGGAGUGAUGUGGCCGGACUGGAGGGGGCCAAAGAAGCGCUGAAAGAAGCUGUCAUUCUGCCCAUCAAAUUCCCACACCUGUUCACAGGAAAGCGCACUCCGUGGCGGGGCAUUCUUCUCUUUGGGCCCCCCGGCACAGGAAAGUCAUAUCUGGCCAAAGCUGUGGCUACCGAGGCCAAUAACUCCACCUUCUUCUCCGUGUCUUCCUCGGACCUCGUGUCUAAGUGGCUCGGCGAGAGUGAGAAACUGGUGAAGAAUCUGUUCGAUCUGGCUCGCCAGCACAAGCCAUCCAUCAUCUUCAUAGACGAGGUGGAUUCCCUCUGUGGAUCCAGAAAUGAGAAUGAGAGCGAAGCGGCUCGCAGGAUCAAGACAGAGUUCCUGGUGCAGAUGCAGGGUGUUGGUAAUAACAACGAUGGGGUAUUAGUUCUCGGUGCUACUAACAUUCCUUGGGUGCUUGACGCUGCUAUUCGCAGAAGGUUUGAGAAGCGCAUCUACAUCCCGCUCCCCGAGGAGCAGGCCAGAGCGGCCAUGUUUCGCUUGCAUCUGGGAAAUACGCCUCACAGUCUGACUGAGCCAGACCUGCGUCAGCUGGCCCACAAAACAGACGGAUACUCCGGAGCCGAUAUCAGCAUCAUAGUGCGAGAUGCUCUCAUGCAGCCGGUCAGGAAAGUGCAGUCCGCCACGCACUUCAAAAAGGUGCGCGGCCCGUCUCGCAGUAACAGCUCCAUGAUGGUGGAUGACCUCCUGACCCCGUGCUCCCCCGGUGACCCUGAUGCCAUAGAGAUGACCUGGAUGGAUGUUCCUGGUGACAAACUGCUGGAGCCCAUAGUGUGCAUGUCUGACAUGCUGCGCUCUCUGGCGACCACACGCCCCACCGUCAACACAGAAGACCUGCUGAAGGUGAAGAAGUUCACAGAGGAUUUUGGACAGGAGGGCUGAAGCACGAAACACCGCUCGAUCCAGUGUAGCUGUCCCAACUCAACCAGGACUAUCUAGUCUAAACUAACCCGCAGCCCGACCCAAUCUGACAUCUCUAACCGCCCAACACUACACAACAUCACACUCAGCAGACUGGAGGGAGCAUGAAGCUUGCUGUAAAUUUUGUUUACAUAAUCAAAUUUGUUGAAGUAUUCAUCUUAUGAAGAUUUUGUCUGUCUGCCCUUUAUUCCGAACGGCUUCCAACAUUUCUGCUCUCGCCGAUGAUUAUUUAUGUUAAUUUAUUCUCAGUGUUUGGAUUGUUUUGAGUGCAGACCAAUUUGAGCUUCAUCAGUAUCUUUUGUGUCCAGCUUAGUAUUGCAGCACUUUACUGUAUAAAUGUGGUCUGGGUGAAUCUCUCAAAGACGCGUCUGGGUCACGCUAAACCUCAGAAUUAAACAAAAAAAAAUAUAUAUAUAUAUAUUAUAUUUGGAAAGAAAAUUGAGCCUAUUUGGACAAUUAUACAUGUAGAUGAUUUUUAUCUCUAUAGUAAUUGAGAUUUGCUUCAUGAAAAGAGUUUCAGAAUGCAAAAAAAUAGGCUUUAUGUUCUUUAAUCAUAUUUUGUGUAUUUGGGUAAAGAAAAUCAAGUCUGUUUUACAACUUUUGAGAUUUUUUUGUGACAGUGACAGUUUUCAAUGUAUCUUCCUUUUGAGUCCGGGCUGAAAUAUGACCUGGCCGUGUAUUUGACAGACUCACCCAUCAACAUUUCACUUGUUUAAAAGUUCCUGAUCAAGCAGAUGUGUUGUAAUAAUGAAGUGUGUGACAGCUGUCAUUCAUUUUGAAGGAUAACAUUAACCUGAUCUGAUAAAAAAAAAAAUUACUUUUAAAAGAAUUUGUGCAUUGUUUGUGCAGCUGUAUUUACUUCAGCUUAAAAUAACCUCCCAGGUGAAGAACAAGUGCACUUCCAUAAUGUACUUCAAAAUAGCACAGUUGAGUACACUUAGAUGAUCUUAAGAAGUACUAAAGAAUCAUUUUAGUGUACCAAGUACAAAAUUAGUGCGUGAAAAUAGAGCACUUUAAGUACAUUAUGGAAGCAUGCUUUUUUUUCACCUGGGCUGCCUUCUGACAGUAGUUCUGUAACAUUAUAACAAAGGAUAAUUUUCUAUGAACAUGCUGUGUAUGUUUCCAGAAAAAAACUGACUAUCCAUUUGAGCAGAGGAAUGGGUAAUGCUGUGAAGAAAAUGUGCAAGAAUUAAACACAACGUACCUAUCCAGAUAUUACUCUUAUGUGCCUCACAAAAUCAGCUCAAUAUCUUACUGAUAUUGUUUCUUUGCUGAAUGAUUUUUGUAGUUGUCAUUAAUAGAAAGCAUCAUUUGAGAUUCAUAAAUCAAUGAGGGAUCUGAAGGCAAUCAUCAGCCGUUCCCUGCCGAGGAAAACUCAUUAACUAAGUUCUCUAAUUUACUAAUGACUACAUUUAAUCUGAGAAUAGAAUCGUCCAGACAGCAGCCGGCUUCAUCAGGUCUCGACUAUACUUUUCAAGCUCAUUCUAGACCACUGGUUCAAUAAGUAAUUUUCCCAUGAAGACCCUUUAUCCCAAGUCUUCACAACUAACGUCAGGAUCAUAACAUUUCUAUCAGAUCCUUUAACUGGAGGAGUUGAAAUUCUGAUUGCCUUCGCAGUUGGACAAAUAGGCAAAAAACAACUGC